AUGCACACCCUAUAUGACCAUCGACAACACCGUCACACAUUUUCUCUCUUAAAUAACACAAACAACACUACACAAUCUUUGUCUCACUCUUCAUUUCACAAAAUGAAGAAACACCAACACGCAACCCUGUUCCUCCUCUUCCUCGCGUCGAUUCCAAUCGCCGUCGCGCAGCCCCAGCCCAAUGACUACAUCGACCCAAAACUCACCCGGUUCAACCCCUCUCUCGCCGUGAUCAUCAUCAUACUAGUGGCGGCGCUUUUUGUCAUGGCCAUUUUCUCCAUCUACGUAAGACGCUGCGCCGAUACGCCUCCCAACAGCGUUAGGCCUCUCACGACCGCACGCUCCAGGAGAGCGGCGCGUGGCCUUGAUCCCGCCGUCAUCCAAACCUUCCCCAUCCUCGAAUACUCCGAGGUUAAGAUCCACAAGGUCGGAAAAGAAACCUUGGAAUGCGCGGUGUGUUUGUGCGAAUUUGACGACGCCGAAACGCUGCGUCUCAUCCCCAAGUGCGACCACGUUUUCCACCCCGAGUGCAUAGACGAGUGGUUGAGCUCCCACACCACGUGUCCCGUGUGCCGCGCCAACCUCGUGCCAACAGAGUCCCAGGAUUCUGACGCCAAUAACGCUAACGGUGUUGGUGAUGGUGUUGUUCCCGUUCCGUUAACCCCAGACGUUGAAGCCCAAAACGACGUCGUGGAAGCCGCGUCAGAGCAGCAAAACGCGUACUCUGACUGUGUCUUAACCGAACCGGAAGUUGUUCCUCUGGACAAAACGCUGAACCGGAACCGCACGCGCGGAUCGCGGUCGAACCGACAGCGCCGGUUCUCGAAGUCGCACUCGACCGGACACUCGAUCGUCCAACCAGGCGAAAACACUGACCGGUUCACUCUGAGACUCCCUUUGGAGGUUCGCAAGCAACUAAUAAACCGGCAAUUGCAUCGUGCGAGUAGCUUGAUCGUGUUACCGAGGGAAGGUAGUUCGAGGCAGGGUUACCGAACCGGAGGAGAAGGGAGUAGUAGGGGGAAAUAUUUGAGGCGGUUGGACCGGAGUUUAAAAUCGGACCGGUGGAUUUUCUCCAGAGCUGCUCCGUUUUUCGCGAGGGCGCUAUCUUUAAGGUCCCCGAGGGUGCGUAAUAACGACGUUGAAGGAACGUCGUCGUCUUCCACAGCACCGAUCAUGCCGCCUACGGCCGUUGACUCUGCUAGGCCACCGGUUUAA